AUGUUACCAAUCGACAGCAGUUUUGUGCAAGUAGCACUUUAUAGCUUGAUGUCCUGUUUAGCAGGCACAUGCGUUUAUCUUGGCGAAUUUGAUCCCUCACAAUCGAACAACAAGAUCAUCGCCGUUCCACGUAGUACAUCUCGUGCUACAGAAUACCACGAUCGCAUUUUCAAUUUUCCACUUUCUCGUAUGAUUGUGACUUUGAAAUUUUUCAUCGUCAAAUAUGUUUCUUUGGCAAGUGGAAUUUUGCAAGGAGUUUAUAUCUUGUGGCGUCAUUAUAAUGGAUUACCUUUAUCGCCAUAUGCCAAUCAAGCACUUGCAUUCAAUUCGAUUGCAAUCUUUGCUUUCUUGCUUAGAAUCUGGUGUUAUCAUACAUUGAAACAAGCAUUCACAUACAAGCUCAAAGUGACUGAAGACCAAAAGAUCAUCACAACAGGCCCAUAUACCUAUUUGGCACAUCCCAACUAUACCGGCUUAUUACUAACUUUGAUCAGUCUUUAUGGAGCAUUGAUGGGACCUUACAACGCUUUAUUGGAUGGAUUGGAAGAUAAACCCUUUAUCGAUUUAACAUUGUUCAAAUUGUUGCACAUCGACUCACCAAGAUCGAUCUUUUUGACAUUCACAAUGGCAGGUGCGGUUUAUACAACAUGUUGGUUCUUCUACUUUAUCACUUAUCUUCGUAUAGCUGAUGAAGAAGCAAUGUUACGUUCUCAUUUUGGCAAACGAUAUGACGAAUUUUUGAGCAAACGCUGGCGAAUGAUCCCUUUUGUCUAUUAGUCAAAUUUGUUAUAUCUUUGUGAUUUAUGCACUUUUUCAUCUGUACCA